GAACUAAGAAACUAUGGCACGUCAUUAUUUGUUUCCUGCUGUGAAAUUACUCAAGCAGAAAUGUUUUCCAUCCCUCAGUGGAAUGAAGAGUUGUCACAAUUUUUCCAGUAUGCAAGUCGACGAAACAGAAGGCGCUAACUUCAAACGUUUCGCCCAGCAUUGGUGGGACUAUGAUGGAGAUUUACAGCCAUUGCAUACUAUGAAUCGUUUGCGUGUACCAUUUAUUCAAAAUGGUCUUUGUCCAUUAACUACAUUAUCUACAGUUGAUUCAGUUUGUUUACCUUUGAAAGGUACGAAGAUUUUAGAUGUUGGUUGUGGUGGAGGUAUUCUAGCGGAAGCACUAUCUAUGUUGGGAGCAGAAGUUUUGGGCAUAGACUUAGUAGAAGAAGGUAUAAAAGUAGCACAAGAACAUGCUGAAGCUACAUCUUAUCGCUGGGUUGAUCAUCCAGAUUUACAUAAACCUACAUAUAAACUUACUAGCGUGCAAUCAAUUAGUCAAGAAUAUCCAUGUCAAUUCGACGCAGUUGUUGCGUCUGAAGUAUUAGAACACGUUACUGAUUGGGAGGAUAUGUUGAACAGUUUAAAACAGUGCUUGAAAUUAGAAGGAAUGUUAUUCGUAACUACAAUAAAUCGUACUACCGCUUCAUUACUACUAGGAAUUGGUGUAGCUGAAUAUGUAGCUCGUAUUAUUCCACGUGGUACUCAUGAUUGGAAUAAAUUCAUUGAACCUAGUCGGUUACAGAUUGCUUGUAUCAAGCGUGGUUUGCAACCACGUCAACUCAGUGGAAUGUUAUAUAACCCAUUAAGUCGUCGAUGGCGUUGGAGUAGUAAUUUAUCACUAAAUUAUGCAUUCAGUGCUAUGAAAAUCGAUGAAUAAAUAAGAUGAAGAACACCAAUUAUAAAUGCAUUUGUUCUUCGUCAACUGUUUCUUUCUCAAUCUAUUAAUUUAGUAAAAGCAAAGUGUGAUCAAUUAUCACGAAUUUAUUGACACAUUCUUUCCAUUGUUUGCUUUCAAUAACAUUAUAUAAUAAGCUGAUAAUUAUUGUAAAGUCUUGUCAACUCAUUAGAUAAUUAUCAAAAACUUAAGCAUUAAAUUUUUUCAACUAAAUGAUUUACGGUAUUAGCUUUUAUGUAUUAUUUAUUUAUUUAUUUAUUUAUUUUAAUACAGAUAUUGGUACGAGGAGGCACCAAAUACAUAUGCGCCACACAAAUCUCAUUUGAUAUUUGUGAGGGUUAUGAUACUGCCCGGGUGCCCAAACCGAAGCGGGUGGUUUUCUUAGGGGGCCACUCCCCGAGCCUUCGACCUGAAGGUCUGAUUCACAAGGUAGUGGAACAACGUAAGGAGAUGCAUUCCCGUGGUAGCCGGUGACCAACGAUUGGUUCAUACGCCAUUUUUCCCUUCAGGUUAUUGGAGCCCAUGUGCACCAUUGGUUUGGAAUCAGGGUAUUCUAACUCCCCUAGGUGGACUCUCCAUAUCCACCAACCCGGUUAAAGCGCCGGACAUUUGCCUUUCGUUUUAUCAAUUUCGUAAACAACACCCCCGCCACGAGAAGGUGGUGAGUAGGACUUCCCUGGAAGAGGCUAUAUACGCGUGGCCAUGUGAGAGCAUUUCGAGAGGGAGAGCGGACUCACUCCACUCUCUGCCGUACCAGGGCAUUUAGGGGCCUUAACUUUAUAGCAGUCAUAAGAGCUAAUGCUGUAGAACAUUAGUGUUUUAUUUACCGUAACUAAUUUGCAUACUGUAUGCUGUUUUUUAUUAACCUUUUACUUUGAGUCGAACUUUCGUCUAUGGUCACUAAAUACAAUAUUAUUUGUCUUUCGUCUUAUUUUAUUCGUAUACACAUACAUUAGUACAAGGAUGCACCAAAUACAUAUGCGUCACACAAUAACAAUAAGGUUGUCAAGUGAUAGAGAAUGUAAAGUGCG